CACUUCUCGAGGCUCAAGAACUUCCAACGAUCUUCAGCCUUCUCUCCACAAUACAACAACAUAACAACACAACAACAAGCUCAACCAACAUCAACCACAAGCAUGGCGCUCUGCCAGAACCGACUGCAAGAGGAACGCAAGCAAUGGCGUCGAGAUCACCCCUUCGGAUUUUAUGCAAAGCCACAGCGCAACGCUGCAGGUACUCUUGAUCUCAAAACAUGGGAGUGUGGUAUCCCGGGCAAGGAGAAGACAUUAUGGGAGGGAGGACUAUUCAAGUUGAGCGUCGUAUUUCCUGAAGGUGAGGACACUCGACGAUGGGGCCCAAGUCAAACAUACUAAUUCACGUUGCAGAGUACCCGACCAAGCCACCCAAAUGUAUGCGCCCGCCCAUCUUGUGAGUUGCGAUAGCUAAUCACCGCAGGUAAAUUCACGCCGCCUCUUUUUCACCCGAACGUUUAUCCAUCUGGUACCGUCUGCCUUUCGAUUCUGAACGAAGAGGAGGGCUGGAAGCCAGCGAUCACCAUUAAACAAAUUCUUCUCGGAGUCCAAGAUCUCCUCGACGACCCAAAUCCAGAGUCUCCAGCCCAAGCCGAUGCAUACAACCUAUUCAAGAAGGACCGACAGGCAUAUGAGCAAAAAGUGAAGAAGAUCGUUCGUGAGAACCCGGCUCCAUGAAAGGUCAACGAAGAAUGAGGAUUUGCAUUUGGGCGCACAGAAUCACGAUCACCAGAGGCGUUUAACGGGGAUUGCGACAGAGAUAUUUAUUGAUUUCGAAUGGGGGACGGAACAUAGCUUUACCUAUGGUAGAUCAGCUGCGAUGCGAAAAUGGUAACACGAACUUCCAACUUCAUCUUUCCAAUGUUGCAAACGGAGUAUACAAAACAAUUGUUGAUGCCAUAACAAGCCAUCAGAUUGUUUGCAAUACCCCGC